AACUGCUCUCUCUCUCACUUAUCAGAUUAGGCAUGAAGAGCAAGGCAAGAACUCUCUCUAUCUAUCUAUGGACUUUGCAAUUUUUUCUGCAGUGACUGACAAUGUUAAAUGACAGCUGAUGGAUGAGGAAGGGAAGGGAAGGUGUGAGAGGUGCAGGGAGUGGCAAGAGCAUUUCUACUGGGAGCACAUGGAUGGAAGGAAGAUGAGGUUCUUCAAGCUCAUGUCAGGAGAUUUUGAGCAGAGCAUUAGCAUACCGGACAAGUUCGCGAGCAAUUUCAUCAGGCAGAUGCAGAUCGUGGAGGGGUUUGACCUAAAGGCGCAGAGCGGCGAGACAUGGCAUGUGGGUGUCACCAAGGUUUCAAAUGAUCUGUUCUUCAGGUCAGGAUGGGGAGAUUUUGCCAAGGCUCAUGAACUGCAGGAGAAUGACCUCCUGCUCUUUACAUUCACCGGCAACUCAUCCUUUGAUGUCUUGAUCUUCGAUGCUAGUGGCUGCGAGAAACUGUCUUCACUCUUUUCCGGCAAAAUGCGAAAACAUUUCGAUGAUCUUGGUGGUCAACAGGUUGAGCAAUACUCUCUGAUUGAUGAUUCUGAUGACAGUGAUGAUAAUGACUCUGAUGAAGAUGAUAGUGAGAGUGUGCCAUCUCUGUUGGUUGAUUCCCCUCACAACAAGGCCUCUACUUCAAAGAAAUUCAGUGCCAAGACUAAACCAAGGACAGAGCUUUCUGAAUCACCAAACAGUAGCAGCUACGAUGAUGUUAAGCACGAGACAAGUGAGGAAGAUGAGAGUGAUCAUGAACCCUACUACUCGAGAUCUGCGAAACGGCUACUCGACACCGAAAAGAGAGAGAUAACCGGGCUGGCUUCGAUCCAACCAGACAACCCGGCUUUCAUGACGGUUCUGCAGACGAGCAGCGUGCAAGGCAAAAGCAAAUUCCUGAUCAUCCCCAUGGAAUUUGCUGCUGACCAUCUUCAGAGGAAGUCACAUGACAUCCUGCUCGUCAGGCCGGCCAGAGAAGAGAGGUGGCAUGUCAGGUACUACCAGUGGAGCACCAGUAUAGGCUUCAAGGGCAAAUCCUGGGCCAAGUUUGUCUGCGACAACAGGUUGCGAGAGGGUGAUGUCUGCGUCUUCGAGCUUAUCAUAUGCGCGAGGAGGAAGAAGAUGAAGAAGACAGCAAUGACGAUUAUCGCUGUCCAUGUUGCCAGGAGGAGGAAGGCCGACGGCAGGUUUGUUGCAGUGGGUUAAGUUCCUGCAGCAAUCUUCAUCUUUUUCUACAUUUUGGUGUGUAAUAUGCAAUGCAGGUGUUCAAGUAUGUACUAGCACUGAAGAA